AUCAAUAAAUCGAUCUUCGGAGUCAGGGGUUUUCCUCUUUUGAUAAAAGUUAAAUCCUUUGGGCGUGGGGGUUUUAGGAUAAUUGCUCGGUGUUACAAAUGUCUACAAGAGUUUGCGGUAAACGGGUCGGGUACGAGGAUUUCUUCGGGUCUUCAUCGUCCCCGACGAAUAAGAGAUCCAAAUGGUCAAGCUUUGGAUCGCCGAUCCGUUCAUCUGAAACCGGGUCUGAAUCCGAUGACCCGGUUGCAUCUUUGAUCCAUAUGUUCCCUUCCAUGGAUCCUGAGUUUGUUAGAGAGGUUCUAAGCAACAAGAAUUACGUGUUUGAAGAGGCAAAAGAGAGUUUAAGCUCAAUUUUAUUCAAUGGGGAUUCGGAUAGAACAAAAGCUGGCUCAUUUGAUGGAUCUGUGGGAAGUUGGAGGGAUGAGGAUAUGAUCGAUGGAGCUAAAUGGGUUGAUAGACUUGUAUCCGAGAUGGCAAAAGCGAUAAACGUUGAUGAUAUGAGGCGACGUGUUGCAGUGAUCUUAGAAGCUUUAGAGAGAAUCAUAAAGAAGAACACCAAUGCCUCGAACAAGCUUGAAUAUGCGUCGUUGAAGGAGAGUCUACAGAGUUUGAUCAAUGAUAACCAAAUCUUGAAGCGGGUCAUUGCGAAUCAACACCAGCGUAGCUCUGAAAACGAAGAGAAGGCCAAACAAGUACAGCAUUUGAAAGGCGUUGUGGGGCAAUACCAAGAACAAGUUCAUAAGCUAGAGCUUAGCAACUACGCCAUGAAACUCCAUCUUCAAAGGUCACAACAACAACAACAGACUUCUUUCUCAGGGAAUUUGCCACCAGACGUCUACUAAAACUAUAUGACUGUUUACUACAUAAUCUUAUGUAUAACAGAGCGACUCAUGAAUCUCUCUAUAGCUUCAGAAGAAGUUUCCAAGUCUUCUAAGUACUGACUUCUUCUGAAACUGUUUGUGAGCACGUUGGACAUCUAUAUAUAAUUAAUGUUUAGUUUCAUAGAUGAGAGUUACUGCCUAGUGUUUGUGUGUUGACCAAUGUUGAGUUUGUAUGUACAAAUUGUUUUUCUGAGCCAAAGGUACUCUUUUUAAGCAAUUGUUAAUUUUUAAUACGUCAAAAAUAAAUUGGAAUAAACCAU